AAAACAUGGGUGUUUUUGUGUUCCGUCCGACACAAACGCUUCACAUGUUGCUUCCAAAAUGUAAACAAAAGCUGAGAUUGCAAAAUGUGACAGCUUUACAAGAAAUAAUUUAAUUUUUAUUUAGUUUGUUGUGUUGUGUUUCAUUAAGUUUGACUUUGUGUUAAAAGACAAGAUAUAAAAUGAAGAAAGUUAUGAUCCCAGUCUCUGGAGGAAAUAUGCCUCCCCUCAUAAUGGUAGGGGCAACACAACCAAAAAAACCAGUGGCUACGAAUUCUGUCCAACCCAUAGUGUUAAAAACAAUUAGUUCAGCAACCAGUCUGCCGAAGCUCAACUCCCAGCCUGUGGUUCUUCAAAUGAAUUCAUCAAAAUCUGAUAAAGCUUCCAACAUGUGCUUAGUGCAAACCACCACAGGGAAGAAGCUAUUGCUAACUAAUGUCGUGAAUGUUUCUAAAACUUCUACAAGAAAGCAAGUUUUAUUAGUUCCCCAAAAAAAUUCUCAGGCAAUUAUAUCAUCAUCAUCAUCUACUGCUCCAGCCAAGAUCAGUUCAGUGGUACCUUCUACUCCUCACAGAAUUGUUCUCCAACCCACUUCAUUGACAACAUCCUCUGGGGGACCAUUACCAACAAGCCAGCCCAUUGUCGUGAAAGUUGGUGGGUUGAGUCCACUUGGGUUCAAGCAGGAUUACCAGUCCCCAAUAGUUAGCAUCAAACAAGAGCCCAGCAAAGUAGAACCUCAAAUAAUAACUGUUAUAAGCAAUUCCACUGCUAAACCAGCUACCAUCUCCACAGCAACCAAGCCAAUUACAUCCAUAUCUAAUUCCAAUCCCAUCAUGAUUUUAAAUGGUACUACAACAUUUAAGGUAGUGGGGAAACCUGUCCCUGUAAAACUUAGUCCUCGAUUUCAGAAGAUUGCACCGAAAAAACAUUUUAUUACUGGUGCCUUACCACAGGUUUCCUUACCCCCACUUAAUAAAAUUGAUACUUCACUAAAUAGCCAAUCUUCUGCUCCUGCCAAAAAUAUAGUGUCAAGUAAACCUCCUGCUUACUUAAACAUUCGUGUAAAGGAAGAGCCUCAGGAUUCCCUAGCCAGUGAAACAAUUACUGUUGAUGGUGUGUGCAUCAAGGAGGAAAAAGAAGAUAUUGAUACGGAAAAAGAUAAGACACUUCAGGAAACACUUAAGCCAUCUUCUGAAGACGAUUCCAAAUUAGAGUUUGGAAUCAAGGAAGAAUUUGAGGAUGAUGAAGGUGAUUUGUUGGCCCAAGAUGAAGAGUUGAGACAAGUCCUUGGAGUGACAGAAGGCGUCAGUGCAUGUCCUCAACCAAAGUUCUAUAUCCGGACAUCAGAAGGUAAACUUGUGUGUAUUUCACCUGAGGAGGCAGAAGCUCUGGGUUUAGAUCACAAAGAUAAGGUAGAGAACAACCAAAAGAAGCUAAUGAAGGCUCUCACUUCUGUUAAGAGUUUAGCACUUCAGAAGACACAUGGACAAGAUGAUUCUCUUGGUAAACCGAAACCAGAACCUAUUGCUCUGAUCCCAGAAAAUGUCAAUGUUAAAGAUUAUGUAAAUUAUCAUGUUACAGCUGCUGCUGAGAAAACUGCUGCUUUUAUGAAGAAUAUUGGUUUCCAAAGGGUUGAAACAAAUACUAAAUGCAUGAUUACUCCUAAGAGCAAUACAACCAUAAUUGGUGAAUACACAGACUCAGAAAGGCGAUAUCUCAGAAUUCAUAUUGAAAGUGAAGCGCAGGAACGCGAUGUUUGUGACAUUCCUAUAACACCUCUCAAUGGUUAUCAGUGUCCAUUUUGUACAAGGGACUUCAAAACUAAGGAUCAUAUCAUAUCCCACAUACGAGUGCAUACAGGUGAAAGACCAUAUCCCUGUGAUGUGUGUGGGAAACGAUAUCGUCAGAGAAUUGACAUUAUUCGUCACAUGCGCAUUCAUACUGGUGAAAAACCAUUUACCUGUGGAUUAUGCAAUGCAUCUUUUAAUCAGAAGUCUAAUUUGCGGUCUCACAUGAGGAUUCAUACAGGUGAACGGCCAGUUCAGUGUAGAGUAUGUGGCAAAGGAUUUUCCCGCAAUACUCACCUAAAACAACACAUGAAGCUCCAUACAGGGGAAAAACCAUUCCAAUGUAGUGUAUGUUAUCGCCCAUUUCGCUUCAAAUCUGGACUUCAAGCUCAUGAGCGUAUUCACUCAGGGUUAAAACCAUAUGCAUGUAGCUUGUGUGGGAGAACAUUUACUCAGAUAGUAGGAUUGAUUCGUCAUGAGCGCACACAUACUGGUGAGAAACCUUUCCGCUGCCAGAGUUGUGGGAAGUCAUUUGAUAAUCGUGAAAAUCUGAAAGCUCAUGUUAGAAAACACACUAGUGAAAGACCCUAUCCAUGCGACAUAUGUGAAAAAAAAUUUACUGAUCAAUCGGCAUUGCGAUGUCAUCGAAAGAAGUAUCACACAAAUUUAUUACUAUGUGUAAUUUGUCUCCGUGAAGACUUUAAGGAUCGGAUUGAGCUUAGAGAGCAUCUUCGUGCCCAUGAAAGAGAAAAUUGGCAAGAAACCCCUGAUGGGGACCUGGUGCCAAUCGUACGACGUGGCAACACACAACAUAUUGUUAGUAUUGAUGACACAAUGGAUAAUUUAAUAAAGAGUGAUGAAGAAGAUAAGUCAAUAAAUGGUAUUAUGAGUUCACAAGACGGGGCUGAGGAAAUUCAGGUUGAAGUGGAACUAGAUCCAGAUGACCCAAUGGAAAGUGAUGAGAAUAUGCAAGAUGAUGAUGAGGAUGAUGAGGAAGAGAGUGAGUAUGAAGAACAUGAACUGCAAAUUGAAGAAUUGGAUCCUUUAGCUUGAUCAAUGGGCAUGCUUCUGGGGAACUAAAAAGAAAAAUGCUCGUUUGUAAAUACACUUUCGGAAAUCCGUAACAAAAAUUUGUACAGUAAACUACAUUGCCUUCAUAUAUUUUGAAACCAUUUUUUUUUUUUUUUUUUUUUUUUCUUAAGAUAUACAGUAUAUUUAAAGAUUCAAUUCACAUUUCAUCAAAACAUUUUUAUUAAAUUAUUACACACUGCAUUGUCCAAGUCCCUGUCAACUUAUUCAGUAACAGGAGGAUCUUGGUCUCUUUAUUUACUUCAGUUACAUGUAUAUUGGUAUGAUGUUUCUCAACUGAUAUUUAGACAAUUUUAGUUUUUAUAACUUUUAGCUUAAGACUAUCCUAUGCAUCUCUUUAGUAUAUUUAUGUUACAGAUAACAAAAAUAGCUGUAUCACUUAAGGGAAUUUAUGUAACCAGUGCCUUAACAUGCCUUUGAAAAUCGUUUUAUGUAGGAUAUUGUUACAGACGUAUUGUGCUAAAAGUUACAGAUAGUGGUAUUUAUACAAAAAUACUGCAGAUAUCUAUUAUAUGUUUUAUUACAUUGCCAGAUGUUGUAUGGCAUAGCAAAAGAAAGACUUGUUGGCAGAUUUAAUUGUUGUAUAUUUAAUGCCAGUAAUAAUUUCCUAGUAUUGCUGGUAUGUUAUGAUGGAGUGAAUGUGAAAUCCUAGAGGUGUUUAAGUUUAAAAUACUGUACUACUGUUCUUGGAAAUGAAAAUCUGAAUAUAGACAUGCUAGCUUUGACAUACAAUAUUGUAGAAUGUUUGCAAUUUAGCAAUGUUUAAAACAAGAGAAACUGUGCUUUAUCACAGGGAAACUUAAAAAGUCUAUAAAUUUCUUUUUCAUAAUUAAAGUCCUGCAUUUAGAUUUAAAUUAAAAUAAUAUAGUUGAAGUUUUUCACAGUUCUAAGAAUAUUGAGUAGUGAACACAAAAUAGUAUUUAUUUUUUUAUAUUUCUGUUAUUGUAAGCUCUGGUCUAUUUUAUCUGUUGUAUACAUUUGUUACAUGCAUGAUUUUCAGUACCAUUUGCUUACAACAGGAUUAUUCCCUGCAAUAUUACACGGUAAUUGAUGGUAAACUGAUUGCUCUGGAAAAUUCAUACGGCAGUAGCAGGACAGAUGGCAAAAUAGUGUAAAUGGUUCUGGCUCAUAAAAUAACAGUUUGUUAAUUGUUCAAUAUUUAAUCUCACUUUAGUAUAUUUAAGGGACAUAUCUGUAAUUUAGGAAGAUAUCUUGACACCAUCUUCUAAUAAAUGAUAACAAUGAUGAUGCAUUAGAUUCUGCUGAUGGCAAAGUAACAGUAUCUGCACAUGACUACAGUAUUAUAUUUGGAUGACUAUUAUAUUUGUGCUAAAGUAUUUGCAGUUCAUUCCAACAUAACAUUGUCUUCCAUUUUUGCCAAUAUUUGUGACAUUUAUAUUUUCCUUACUACAUUAGAUGCUGUUGAUAUUUUAUAGAUUAUUAGACGUCACUUUCUAAAUGUACUUUUGUAUCGCACGAAGGACAUUACAUGUGAUGUGGCAAAUGCACAAUAAUGUUACUUGCUAGGAUAUCUCUUGAGUUUUCAAAUGUGUUUCCAACUGUGCCUUGCAUUUUAGUAUUUGGAAAUAAACCUCCAAUGAAC